AAUUGCCUUACACUUCUAUUUUUUUGCUCCCUGAAACAUUUAAUAACUGGGGUUACGUUUUAUUGCAUAACAGAGGUGUAAUAAUUCAUCAGAAGCAGACUGGGCUCUCAGACCCGCCCUCUGUUCUACGUCACAUCCCUGCCGGUGCAGCCUCAAUGAGUUGCCAUGACGACGGCGUUUCAGCUCGUCUGUGAAGGCAUUCAGACUGCUGUGUGAGAAAACUAUCGAGCAGGACGACGCAAACCACGGCAGCACCAUGAGGAGCUUGAGCUAACAUGAUGGCGUCCCUUAAAGAAGUGGAUAAAACAGCUGCUAAUGGAGAGGAAAAUGAGUUUCCAAAAGAGGAGGACUCAGAGGAGGAGCUGGCUUUUUGUCAGACAGCAGAAAGGAGACAUGUUGAUGCUCUUCUUGAUAUCAGUGAGGAGUUGUUGCUGAAGGAGUUGGAGCCAUUUGAAAUUCACAGUUACAAUGGAUGGGAUGAAGCGGUCCGAGGUUGGGCCAGAGUGGAUCCACUGAGCUGCAUACGUCUGACUCCAAAGAUGCACAAGAAAUCAAAGCACAAGGAGGCUGCCACCCCGACUCCCUCAUCUGUCAACCUAACAACACCCCCAAAUACAGCCAAUUCAUCCACCACAGCAAAGCACCACUGCAAGACUCAUGUGAGCUGGAAAAGCAGCUUAUUCAAAUCAACACAAUCAAACCAGCACAUGGGAUCCUGGAGUAACACGGCUGUUUCUGCUUUACAAACAGAUGCUACAGCAUGGCCUGUUAUCAAUGCAUUGCAAGAAACCACAUCGAAUCACUUAUUCAGGGUAAAAGCAGAGCAAGAAGAGGUGCUCAAAGAGAAUCAUCAUGCUUCAACAAAACACUCAGUGUCAGACAACAGGCCGUCGAAGCCUCAGAAACACAGCCACAGGCCCAACAGCACAGUGGUUCCCAUUAAAAACUUCACAUUUUUACCUCCAAUUAAACCAUUGCUGCAUGAUCCUCAGAGAAACUGUGCUUAUAAGACCACAGAAGAAGACAUGAAAGAGGGAAACUGUUUCAUGUUUGAUAACAAGAGCAGAACAAGAGGAACAAGAAUGGACCCUACUGCUAAUCCAGAGCUUGUAACUUCCUCAACAGCCUUGACCUCCAAGUACCGGACAUGUCAGCACAACCCCCGCGUGUUCUCUGUUUCAAUACCUAGGAGGUAUCAGGUGCCUACGUCUUCCAAACCUGACACACUGCACCACACUAGCUUCUCAACACAGGCCCUCCACUCUAGCACUGCAGCAAGUCAAGGCCAUUUACACCCGAACAAGACUGUAUGUGCUGCCACGCUGUCUGAGGGCUUUGGAAUAAAUGUUUAACUGAUGAAGUGUUUGAAGUAUUUAAUGGUUUUAAACUCUCAGGUCCCACCAAGUAAAACCAAACUGCACUGUAUUGUAUAUUUAGAAAACAUGUUGGUCAAGUGGAUUCAAUCAAAAUAUGUCUGUAAGAACAAAUGCCUGCAAAGUUAUGCAUUAUUUUUCACCCUUCAAAUUGUUUCUACUGUUCCAGUCAUGUAGUAAAAACACAACUACCUCAUAUGAGGCAUAGCAGUCUGUCGGCCUCACACUUUACACUAUUCAAAGUUAAGUCUUCCCACACAUAAUGCCAAACUACUGCAUCUCCUCUGUCAGUUCGUUCUACUCAAGUCAUGCAUAUCAGUAGGUUACCACGGUGGGAUUUUGGGUUAUGUUUACACUAACCCCACAGGGUAAGUAGGGCAGAGUCCUCUUGGAAUUCCAAAACACACUGUGUAUCAUGUUUAUGUACAAAACCAGGCAGUUACUGCAAUAUAAUUUCAAUAUGAAUGAUCAUUGCAGUGAACAUUAUUAAUAUGGAAAGUUAACAAAAUAGGAUGUAAAAUGCUUUUAGUGAGUAGACUCCAUCAAUGUCUUCAUGUACCUGAAGGGUAGCAAGGCCAACAGCAGGACAGAACACCCCCCAAUGGAGUCAGGACACUUUUGAUGAUGAUGGAAGGAUGUAGGAUGAGAUGAAGACUAAACUUCUGAGGAGCAGGACA